GCAGUAGGUGAAACCUUGAAGAAAAAGUGGCUCUGUCUUCAAAAAAGUGACCUGACCUUUGCUUUGGGGAAAGGCUCUAGGGCGGCAGAUAAAGCUGUUGCCAUGGUGAUGAAGGAGAUUCCGAGGGAGGAGUCUGCAGAAGAAAAGCCCCUCCUUACUGUGGCAUCACAGCUGGUGAAUGAGCAACAAGAAAGCAGACCCCUUCUGAGCCCUUCCAUCGAUGACUUUCUCUGUGAAACUAAGCCAGAAGCUGUUGCAAGGCCUGUAACAUCAAAUACUGCAGUAUUAUCAACAGGUCUGGAUCUCUUGGAUCUUAGUGAACCUGUCUCACAAACUCAAAACAAAGCAAAGAAAUCAGAGAAUCCAUCCAGAAGUGAAGGCUUAAAAGCUUCAACCCACAGAAAGAAGACAGACAAUUCUGACCUUAUCAGUGUGGAUACUGAGCAGAAAGUCCAGAAUGUCAGAGUUUCAGACAAGUCUUCACUAGAUUUAGUUGAUAUUCAGACACAGAUAGAGAAAUGGGAUGAUGUCAAUUAUCAUGGAGACAGGAGUAGCAAGGUCCACCCUUCUGCAGAGCGAACAUCAUCAUCAUCAUCUAGAGCUCCAUCAAAAGAGCUAUUAUGGUCCACAGAAAACAGGUCACAGUCUGAGCUGACUAACGUCAAGAGUGCCUUGGACUCUGAUUCAACAUCAGAAUUAGAACUUGCACCUGCAAUACAGGCACGAUCAGCUAAGGAGCAGCGUUGGGGAGGUCCUCUUCUCUCCAGAAAUCACUCCUUGGAGGAAGAAUUUGAAAGAGCAAAGGCAGCUGUUGAGUCAGACACAGAGUUUUGGGAUAAAAUGCAGGCAGAAUGGGAAGAAAUGGCUCGCAGAAACUGGAUUUCGGAGAGCCAGGAAGCACCAGGGCAAGUCACCAUCUCAACCAUUGAAAAGGGUUAUUAUUUCCAUACUGAGAAUCCCUUCAAAGACUGGCCUGGUGCUUUUGAGGAAGGACUGAAAAAAAUGAAAGAAGGUGACCUGCCAGUUACAAUCUUGUACCUGGAGGCUGCUAUUCUCCAAGAGCCCAAUGAUGCAGAGGCCUGGCAGUUCCUGGGCAUAACACAGGCAGAGAAUGAAAAUGAGCAGGCAGCCAUUGUCGCCCUCCAAAGGUGCUUGGAACUACAGCCAAACAACCUAAAAGCUCUGAUGGCCCUGGCUGUAAGUUAUACCAACACUGGCCAUCAACAAGAAGCCUAUCAAGCUCUAAGAAACUGGAUAAAGCAAAAUCCAAAAUACAAGUAUAUAGCAAAAAGCAAGAAAGGGUCUCCAGCACUUACCAGAAGAAUGUCCAAGACAUCAGAUGAAAGCUCAUUACUUGAAGAAGUAAAGGAUUUUUACCUGGAGGCUGCUCACCAGAACGGCAAUAUGAUAGACCCUGACUUGCAGACAGGACUUGGAGUUCUUUUUCACCUGAAUGGAGAAUUCAACAGAGCAAUAGAUGCAUUUAGUGCAGCGUUAACUGUCCGGCCAGAGGACUAUACGUUAUGGAACCGUCUGGGAGCAACCUUGGCAAAUGGGGAUCGAAGUGAAGAAGCAGUGGAGGCCUACACACGUGCUUUAGAAAUACAGCCUGGCUUCAUUAGGUCCAGAUACAAUUUAGGAAUAAGCUGCAUCAACCUCGGGGCAUACAGAGAAGCUGUCAGCAAUUUUCUCACUGCUCUCAGUUUGCAGAGGAAGAGCAGGAAUCAACAACAGGUUCCCCAUCCUGCUCUAUCAGGCAAUAUUUGGGCAGCACUUCGAAUUGCCCUGUCUAUGAUGGACCAGCCAGAACUAUUUCAAGCUGCCAAUGUGGGUGACCUAGACAUCCUGUUAAGAGCUUUUAACCUAGAGCCGUAAUAAAAA